UUGUUAUCUGCAGGCGGGACCGGUAGUGACGUCUGCCGGCAAUGAUGUUUCCGUGCGUCAUUGCUGAGGGGGCGGCUCCUGGAGACCGAGCUUCGCGGAGCACGAGAUAGGCUGAAACAUCAUGCGGCUCUACCUUCUGUUUCUUCUCCUCCUCGUGCAGGGCUGUAGCCUUGCUGUUGGUAAUUUUGAUGACUUUGAUGACACAGAUGACAUUGUAGAAUACGACGACAAUGACUUUGCAGAGUUUGAAGACACAACUGACGAUGCCACCGAGGAGGUUCUGCAAAAAGUCACGACUGUACAAGAUGAUGAGGAGGAGGCAACUGUGGAACUGGAGGAGCAGGAUGAUAAUCAGGAUUUUGAGGAUCCAGAUAUAGUUGGAGAAGGAGAUGCAGAAGGAGAGCCGUUUGACGAUGAAGAAUUUGAAGGUUAUGAAGAAGCAGACAGACCUUCCAGCAGAAGCAAAGAUCCAAUUAAAAUUGUUAAUGUUCCCCAUCACCUACAAAACAGCUGGGAGAGCUACUACAUGGAGAUUCUGAUGGUGACAGGCCUUUUGGCUUACAUCAUGAACUACAUCAUAGGUAAAAACAAAAACAGUAGACUGGCUGCUGCGUGGUUCAACUCUCACAAGGAACUACUAGAGGGCAACUUUUCCCUUGUUGGGGAUGAUGGGAUUAAUAAAGAACCUACUAGCACAGGGAAACUGAACCAAGAAAAUGAACACAUCUACAAUCUGUGGUGUUCAGGGAGAGUAUGUUGUGAAGGAAUGCUAAUUCAGCUAAAGUUUUUGAAACGGCAAGAUCUCCUGAAUGUACUUGCAAGAAUGAUGAGACCUGCCAGUGACCAAGUGCAAAUCAAGGUAACUAUGAACGAGGAAGACAUGGACACCUAUGUGUUUGCCAUUGGGUCACGGAAAGCUAUGAUCCGGUUGCAGAAGGAAAUGCAGGAUCUGAGUGAAUUCUGCAGCGAUAAGCCCAAGUCAGGGAUUAAGUUUGGGCUUCCUGAUUCACUCUCCAUCCUGUCUGAAAUGGGUGAAGUCACAGAAGGUAUAUUGGACAAUAGGAUGGUGCACUUCCUAUCAAAUCAUGCUGACAAGAUAGAGUCCAUUCAUUUCUCAGACCAGUUCUCUGGAGUGAAAAUUAUGCAAGAAGAGGGUCAACCCCUCAAGCUGCCUGACACUAAAAAGACACUACUGUUUACAUUUAAUGUGCCUGGAAUCGGCAACACUUAUCCAAAGGACAUGGAGUCCUUACUGCCAUUAAUGAACAUGGUUAUUUAUAGCAUUGACAAGGCAAAGAAGUAUCGUCUCAACAGAGAGGGAAAGCUGAAAGCUGAUAAAAAUCGUGCUCGUGUAGAGGAGAACUUCCUAAAGAUGACACAUGCACAACGUCAGGAAGCUGCGCAGAUUCGCAGGGAGGAGAAGAAACGAGCAGAGAAAGAAAGAAUUAUGAACGAGGAGGACCCAGAGAAACAGCGCAGGCUUGAGGAGGCUGCUCUCCGUCGUGAGCAGAAGAAGCAGGAGAAGCGACAGAUGAAGAUGAAACAGAUCAAAGUGAAAGCAAUGUAAAAGCACCAAAUAACCAGGGGUGGAGGAAGAGUGAGGAUGCUGCCUGGAGACAGCAGACCACUUCAAAUUUAAACGUUUGAUUUUAAUGAAAAGAAACUCAGGGCACUCAAAAAAUUGAUCUGCAGUUUAUACAACCCGUUCCACAGAUACUGUUCUUGGACAAUCUGGAGUAGUGUGUUUUCCUCUUGUUGUACUUAUUGCCCUCUAUUCAACAUGAAAAUCUCUUUGUGUUCUGUGCUAAGGUUAGGCUGUGGUUUGGGCAUUUGUACCACAUUAACGAACAGUGGGAUGCAUUGGUGCUGUCAUGGAUCCCUGAUUUAAUCCUGUAGUUUUGCAGACGUUAUUUCUCAUACUGUUAUCUCCCAUCUGUUCAGCAGUUCUGUUAAUGAACAGCCCCAAAUGCUUCAUUGAAUUUGAAUGGUUAUCAAAGAUUCUUUGCAACAAUGAACUACAAGGAUCAGUGUGUAAGGUCUGUGAUGGCUUGGUUCUGUCCCAUGCAAUGUGUUGGUUAGACUGAGUAAUGGGAAGCCCUUUAAGGACAUGGCUCCACUUUAGCGAUUGGAGGAAUUUGCAUUCACUGGGUGGGUUAGUGGGGAGGGAUCUGAGUGGCUGUAGUUGGAAAACUCCUGCUGCUCCUCCACUAAAGAAGCAACAUUUGCCAGGGUUUCUGCACUGAAGUUUUUUCUGUUGCCUUUCUCUGUCUUCGUCAUCUCUUCAUACCCUCAACUUUCCAGAAGUCACACUCAGGUUAGGACAAGAGAAGUAUAAGGGGCACAACAGACUGCAGAUGCUGGAAUCUAGAGCAAAAAAGAAAACAAACUACUGGAGAAACUCGGUCUGAGACCCUGCAUUAGGGCUGUGAGAGUGUAUAGGGUAUAUAGCACGUAUAAAGAGGUGACAAGGAGGGCUCAGGUGGAGGUUGGUAGGUGAUAGGUGAAUCCAGAAGAGGAGGGAGAUAAUGGCAGAGGCUGGAAGGUGAUGCUUAGAAACAUGAAGCUGCACAUGCUAAAAGGAGAUAAGCUGAUAUCACCUGGUUUACUUAACAUUCCAGAAUGAGAGUCUUGUUUCUACUCAUCACCUUCCAGCCUCUAUCUCUAUCUCAACACCGCACCAUCCUUCUUCCCCACCCAGCUCCAUCUCUCCUUCACUUAAUUUCACCUGUUGCCUAAAAGCCCCUGGCUUACCUGUUUUCCCUCCCCCGCCCCUCUGACCCCCCCCACCACCCUCUCCUCAUCCCACUCUUCUGCUCUGUUCACCUCUUCACUAUCUUCUCUCUACUCUCACAGCCCUGAUAAUCCCUUUGCCUUCAUGGAUCCUGCUCGACAUACUGAGUUUCUCCAAUACUUUUGCACAAGAUUCAUGUGUUUUUACUCAGCUUAAAACAUUAAACAGUUGAACAGUUGGCCAGUUUAAUUAAAAAGAGUGGACAUCUUUCCAGAAUAAAAUCUUCAAAGUUGGGGGCUUGGUGGAGAAGAUAAUGGAAGGAGUGUUUUUUAAAAAAAAAAUGCCAUUCUGGCCAGUCACUGCCAUUUGAACCAUGCCAACCUGUGAAUCUGUGACCAGUGGCAAAUGUUCUCCUUUAUUCAUUGUAGUGUCUGGACAUCUCCAAGUCAAAAGCCUGUGGUUUGUACAGUUUCCAAACAGUGAACAUUCUGUCAAGCACCCACACAUGUUAGCCUGUGCUUCUUAUCAAAGGUCACAGAGUUUCGGACUGAGUUAUGUAAUGGGGACUGUAAAAUGUACAUAUAGUGCGGUCAUCAGCUUAAGAUCUUGGAACCUGUCAUUUAGUUCACCCCAGGCAUCAACUUGAGUUGCCGAGAUAGCCUGCUGCAUAUAACCAACAAAGAUAUUUUUAAAAUGUUUGAUUCUGGGCUCUGGAAAAGAACUGGAAAGCUAUCGGUUCAUCUGCUGACUGCAGAGGACACAGCAGCAACUAACCGAUUUUCAAAGGUUCUUCCGGUACUAAUAAAUCUAUUUGGUCCCUGGCUGUGCCUUAAGGAUUUGUGUGCUGUGGGGAAAGAAGCAAGAGGUAAAGCAUAGGAUCAUUCUCCUUUCCGCAUACUGUCAAUUUGCUGCCUCUAGAGUCCGAGAACACUACAGCACAGAACCAGGCCCACCUAGUCUGUGCCAAACUAUUAAUCUGUCUAGUCUGUUCAACCCGCCCUCAUACCUCUCCCACCCUCCAGUAAUCCUGAUUAAUUUGGAACUCCAAUAUCAGUGGCUUAGGAUCUUUCAUAUUCAAAAUUUACUGUAGGACCUAGUGACAGUGUACCUACUGGGAAUGUUUGUGUGAUCUCUGGAGGAUUACCUCUGGGUUCAGGAAAAGGCUUGCUAGGAUGUGUCACCUUAAGGAAGCAUAUUGAUUAAGAAACAUAGAAAACCUACAAUGUUGUGCCGAACACAUCCCUACCUAGACUUACCUAUAGCCCUCUAUUUUUCUAAGCUCCCAUGUACCUAUCCAAAAGUCUCUUAAAAGACCCUAUUGUAUCCGCCUCCACCAUUGUUGCUGGCAGCCCAUUCCACGCACUCACCACUCUCUGUGUAAAAAAAAACCCAUAAACAAACAACAACAUACCCCUGACAUCUCCUCUGUACCCACUCCCCAGCACCUUGUGGCAACCAAUUCAGCCCUGGGAAAAAGCCUCUGACUAUCCACACGAUCAAUGCCUCUCAUCAUGUUAUACACCCCUAUCAGGUCACCUCUCAUCCUCCAUUGCUCCAAGGAGAAAAGGACGAGUUCACUCAACCUAUUCUCAUAAGAAUACUCCCCAAUCCAGGCAACAUCCUUGUAAAUCUCCUCUGCACCCUUUCUAUGGCUUCCACAUCCUUCCUUUAGUGAGGCGACCAGAACUGAGCACAGUACUCCUGGUCAGACCCAGUUGGGUCUGACCAGGGUCCUAUAUAAUUGCAACAUUACCUCUCGGCUCCUAAAUUCAAUUCCAUGAUUGAUGAAGGCCAAUACACCAUACACCACCUUAACCACAGAGUCAACCUACGCAGCUGCUUUGAGCGUCCUAUGGACUCGGACCCCAAAAUCCCUCUGAUCCUCCACACUGUAAAGAGUCUUACCAUUAAUACUAUAUUCUGCCAUUAUAUUUGACCUACCAAAAUGAACCACCUCACACUUAUCUGGGUUGUACUAUGCAUAACACCUCCAACCUUUGUGUCAUCAGUAUAUUUACUAACCCAUCCCUCCACUUCCUCAUCCAGGUGAUAUAGAAAAAUCGGGAAGAGUAAGGGUCCACUGGUGACUGACCUCCAUGCAGAAUAUGACCCGUCUACAACCAUUCUUUGCCUUCUGUGGGCAAGCCAGUUCUGAAACCAUAAAACAAUGUCCCCUUGGAUCCCAUGCCUCCUUACUUUCUCAAUAAGCCUUGCAUGGGGUACCUUAUCAAAUGUCUUGCUGAAAUCCAUAUAUGCUACAUCUACUGUUCUUCCUUCAUCAAUGUGUCUAGUUACAUCCUCAAAAAAUUCAAUCAGGCUUGUAAGGCACGACCUGCCUUUGACAAAACCAUGCUGACUAUUCCUAAUCAUAUUAUGCCUCCCCAAAUGUUCAUAAAUCCUGCCUCUCAGGAUCUUCUCCAUCAUCUUACCAACCACUGAAGUAAUACUGGUCUAUAAUUUCCUGGGCUACCUCUACUCUCUUUCUUGAAUAAGGGAACAACACCUGCAACCCUCCCUCGCCUCCCACAGUAGCCUGGGGUACAUUUCGUCCAGUCCCAAUGACUUAUCCAACUUGAUGCUUUCCUAAAGCUCCAACACAUCCUCUUUCUUAAUAUCUACAUGCUCAAGCUUUUCAGUCUGCUGCAAGUCAUCACUAAGAUCCUUUUCCAUAGUGAAUACUGAAGUAAAGUAUUCAUCAAGUACCUCUGCUAUUUCCUCCAGUUCCAUACACAUUUUCCCAUUUGAUUUCCUAUUCUUUCACAUCUUAUCAUCUUGCUCUUCGCAUACUUGUAGAACGCCUUGGGGUUUUCCUUAAUCCUGCCUGCCAAGGCCUUCUCGAGGCCCCUUCUAGCUCUCCUAAUUUCCUUCUUAAGCUCCUUCCUGCAAGCCUUAUAAUCUAGAUCUCUAUCAUUACCUAGCUGUCUGAACCUUUUAUAUGCUUUUCUUUUUGACUAGAUUUAUUACAGCCUUUGUACACCACGGUUCCUGUACCCUACUUCUUCCUGUCUCAUUGAAACGUACCUAUACAGAAAUAUCCCCUGAACAUUUGCCACAUUUCCUACAUAUUUUUCCCUGAGAACAUCCGUUUCCAAUUUCCUGCCUGAUAGCCUCAUAAUUCCCCUUAAUCCAACUAAACGCUUUUCUAACUUGUCUGUUCCUAUCUCUCUAUUAAUCUUUUGUUCUUUAGUUUGAGUUAUUAAACUCAGUCCUACAUCUCAACAUCUCAUGGAGGCCAGAGUUUUAAAUGCACUGUUCAGAUAUUUGUCCCAAGACUGAUGAGGACAUGGUGAAUGAAUGUUUUAGCACCAAUCCUGUAAUGGAGCAGGCUAUGUUGUAGGCAUCCCAGGAUAGGACUCCACAAGUUAAUCUCUGCAACAAUGCAUUUUUAAUAGAAAAUUUUUAAUUUGCUCUUCAUUUGCAAUUUUAUUUUGUUGAACUUUCAAUGACUUCUAUAAAACUCUUGACUCUGAUUAAUCCUCUCCUAAACUAGAUUGCUUUGAAAAAAAUUAAUCCCAUGUUCCACCCUUUCAGUGUUCCAGAUUUCUAUUGUUUUUGCGAAUAGAUUUUUUUCUCAUGUUGUUCCUCAAUGGUUUAACACCCCCUAGAGCCUGAAUUUUGCACAUGCUGCUCAUACAAUGGUUCCAGACUUCUAUAAAAUCAGUAAGAAACUGCUUAACUAAAUACUUAAAUACAUAUAAACCCUGUCUUCCAGUCUUGCAUAACAUGGGCUUCAGAUGGUAUGAUAUCAAUGCAUCAGCCUCUACAUUAGAGCAGUGAACCAGUUUAAUCUUGAACGCCAUUGAUAAUUUAUGCAAUGCAAACCACGUGUACAAGGCGUUGUGGCUUUAAAAAAUGUUUGGUCAGUAAUUCUGGAUCAUUUAGUAUGCAGUGAAUACCAUGUCAAAUGGAUUCAAUAUAAACUUUCUGUAAAGUGGUCAAAUUUCACCAGUGUGUCAAUAGAACAGUAGGGCUCAACAGACAUCUAGUUAUGGGCUAGAAAACAUCAGCUAACCUCACCUUCUGAUUCCCACUCUCUGAUAACCCCAGAAAGUUCAGUUGGGACUUGCAGUGGAUGGUCAAUCUGAAACUCAAUCUGGGAUUUGGGUAUCCAAUAUUCCUGGGAGGAAUGUCAAAGGAGUUUGUAUCCCGUAGAUGUUAAGAUGUUCAAGAGAGGCAAUUGAGUAUUUAUAUAUAGUACUCUGCUGCAUAUAGGAAUGGAGACUGUAAACCUGAUUAUUGUUAACGUGACAAAGUAAUUUUCCACUUGUACAUCUGUUGAGAAAGGAAAUGCUGUUCAUGUGUAGAUCUAGUCUUUGCAAUAUUCAGCUGCAGGGUAGAGCCUUGACUAAUCUGUUUUGGAUGAAAACCUAAGCCCUUUGCCACUUUGCAGUAAAAUUGCUUCUGCUGGUAAUCCGUACAUUGUAUCUGCCAUUUUAAUUCAGUAAUGCAGCUACACAAGAUUGAAAGAGGGGUAUGUACGCAGAAUCUUUUUCUUCUUGAGUUUAUUUAAGUAAAUGGAUAAUAUUGACUCAUAAUAUGUGUGUGGUAAGCAUGGACUUAAUAAAAGAAAACUUUUAUAUUAGAAUGAAA